CGCGUCACAUCCGGCCAUUGGAGGGUUCGCUUUCUAUUUCCUGAACCGCGAAAACCGGGGACGGGGUGUGAAAGACAUGCGUACUGGGACCCCUUCUUCUACGACAAUCACCGGUCCGAUACAAUAUCCAACAACCCUAGAACUAGUACGUCACUAACAGCAUUACGUGCGGACACCUGUAUUAAAUAAACCGAAAUAAUCAAACAGAAAAAACAGAUUAGAUAAAAAACGGUGUGAGUUGUGAGUGAGUUUUAAAGCUUAGUUAUAAUUUUUAGAAUCUAAAGGAAUUAAGAAAAGUUUAAAAUUAAGAUGUUAUCUGAUACGGAACCCGAGAUGCCCACGUGGAAAAAGGAAUUGAUACUGAGGAGACGAAGUAAAUCUUCGACUACAGCACAGCUGGUUGCCCCCCAGACGUCGACAUCAACUAAAGUACAUCAACCUAACUCAACGUGCUCCUCAAGCAGUUCGCCUUCGAGGCAACAACAUCACCAGCAGGAGCUCGAGCUCAGUAGUCCUACGAACGGCAGCGCGGAACCACGUCUCGUUAACGUGCGAUGUGAUUUAUUGUCAAUUAAAAGUGCAGGCGAUAAAAUGGUUCAAGAAAGAAUUUGGUCGGACCGAGAUGAGGAAACGUCGGAGACAUCCAACGACUUCGAUAGUUCCGAAGAAUUAAAAUAUGGUCCAGGUAUUGUAAGUAAGUUGAAGAACCGCUAUUUGAGCUUGACCUUGCGCGAAACCAUGAAGACCAGACCUUCAAUCUUAACUAUGCGAAAAGCUACUUCUUUAGAACACAUUCUCGAUGAUAACGAAGAAGACGAGCUAAGCAAUAAUAAAAACAAAAACCUUAAUCACCAAUUUAGCACAUCUAAUGGUUACUCAAAACAAAUACCAAAUCGUUAUAAAUCGGCGGCGAAGAAACCAGAUAUGAAAAGAGCGCGAUCCGUUGAGUAUAUCUCUUCAAAUGCGUCGUCGAACAUCGAUAAUUUAAUGGUUGAUGUGAAACCCAAAAGGGAAUCACUGCACGAAGAUAUGCUAGACGCAAACAGGAAAGAGGAAGUUGAUAAGAAAAAUGAAAUAAACGAUAUAAAAACGUUUAGUAAUAAUUUAAACACGAAAGUGAAUAGACCGAAAAGAAUCCAGCCAAUUAUGGCGGAGAAAGAAAAACCUCCUUUUGAUGUUGUUAAUCAAACGAAAAAAAUGUUUGAACGACCAGAACUUAGAACGAAAGCUCCACUACAUACUGGGGAAGUUGCCGCGAAAGUUGCCACGUUUAAAGAUAUUAUACAAACGAAAAAACCGGUUGUUAAACAAAAACCGAUUUUACCGAUUCCCGCUAAAAAGGAAGUCGAAAAAAUGAACACAAGAAAAAAUAAAUCAACACCGAAUGUUCCUACUUUAAGAUCACCAGAACCUAAAGUUAACAAAACUUUGUCUUCGCCGAUUCAAAUCGUUAAAAAACCGAUAAUAGAAAAUCUUCCAUCACAAAUUCCGGAUGUUUCAUUGGUACAAAAUCAACAAAACAAUGAAACAAGAAAAUCUAGUCUAACGGAUACACCAGAUUUAAUUGUUCAUUCUAGUCCAAAACCACAAAUCGAAGACAUCAAAGAAAUUAAAAUACAAAGAAACGGGUUUUCCUCGACCGAAUACGCUUCAUACUCAUCAUCCGAUGAUGAAACGAAAAUUUCGAAUCGACAUCAAGACGAUGAUGUAAAAACGAUUCCAAAAAAUCAAAACUUUGGUAACCCGUUAAUUUUUGAUUUUUCAUCAAAACCAAAAAUACCAAAUCAUCUCCCCGUUUCUCACGAUAACAAUCAAAAAACGGCAAAACUAAAAAGAUCCUCACCGGUUACUUCAACUAACCAUCAAAAACUUCCCCCUAAAUCCAGGCAAAAACCCCCUCCUCCCCCUCCUUUAACGCAACCUUUAACCGUAAACGUACCUAUUGAGGAACCCUUAAAAAUUGAAAUUACAACCACUCCACCGAUUAUUAAUAACAAAAUUUUAUCGCCACCUCCUCCCGAACGUAACGAUAAAGUGGUGGCGAGUGAAAAAUUGGAAAACUUGAAGAAUAUCGUAAAAAAUUCCGAAGUAAUUUUGGAACAAUGUUCGCCGAAAAAAGUGGACGAAAAAGUGGUCGAAAAAGUGGACGUUAAAAUUGUUGAUAGCGCGAAAAAGAACAAAGACGAUGUGCCAGUGUUUAAAGUGUUGAAACGUAUUCCAAGGAAACAGGAACAGCAGAACUGUUUGGUUUUUGAUUUUACAACGAGGAAAGAAGUUCCGGAUUAUGUUGCCAAUGAUGUGAGGGUACCGAAAAUGCAAAAAGUUAAAAAACCAAAGACCGGCGAAGCAGGAAUAAUUUUAUUACCUGGUGCCACGUGGGAAUCAACAUCUCUCGAUGUUGAUGACGACGACUGGGAGAAAUCGCUGGAUGGACCACCAAGUCCUUUAUUGGUUACUUUUGUUAACGAUAACGUCGUCAUUGACGGCAAAUCUAGUCUUAACCAGAAAAAGAAAAAACCAAAGAUGAGUAUAAAAUUUGUGGAAUCAGAACCAGACGUCUUUUUCUAUCCAUCAGAGAGCUCGAUAAUUAUUGGAGACGAAAAUCCAACGACUCAAUUGGCAACAAAUUCCAAGUCCAGUGUAGGACAUAGCGUUCCAAGUUUAUCUGGCUGUACUUUAGCUACGUAUAAGUCAAAAACAGCCAAUCAGAUAGAAGAUUUCCAAUUAGGAAUGAAACCAACAACAAUAACAUCACCAUCAAGUGCCGUAAAAUCACCCGAAACAACUGGGAAUGAAGAUGAAAAAGUGUUAAAUGAUGAAAAUUUCCAACCGAUCGCGUUUAGUGCGGGGAAUAACACCACGGAUAUUUUAUUUUAAUUCCUUAAAAACAUUAAAAAAGCUCAAUUAAUUUAUAUUAAAAAAAUAGCGCUAAUUAUCGACAGUAUCUUAAGAUGUUCUUGUAAAAAUAUGUUGUGUUAUGAUUAUCCAUUUUUUGUUUUUUUAUUAUAUGCGAAAAACGCGUUUAUCUGUGGUAUUAAUCUUUUAUAAGUAAACAUUUAUUGGAAGAGGUUUAAAACGAUUUUUUUGUACAUAAAGAUUAUUAAAAAAAUCAA